AUGCCCCACCGGAGCUCGUGGCGGACGGUCGAUAUUGCCAUUAUUGGCGGCGGCAUCGGUGGCCUGGCAGCAGCCGUGUCGCUGCGCAGACAGGGCCACCGCGUCACCAUCUACGAGCGGGCCGACUUUGUGGGCGAGGUGGGCGCAUCCAUUUCGUGUGCUGCCAACGGUACACGGUGGCUCGAGGAGUGGAAGGUCAAUAUUGAGAUGGGCGACCCCGUUGUGCUCAAGAACCUCAUCAGCCGCGACUGGAACACAGGCGAGGCUAUCAACGUCUAUAGCCUUGAGGACUACAAGGAGCGCUGGGGCUACGUCUACAACAUGUUCCACCGCCAGUACAUGCACCGUAUGCUCAUGGACAGCGCAAUUGGCGAGCAUGGCGACGGUCCGCCCGCCAAGCUUCUCCACAACCACAAGUGCGUCGAGGCGAACGUCGAGAAGGGCGAGAUCACGUUCGAGAACGGUGUGCACGCCAAGCAUGACGCUAUUAUCGGCGCCGACGGUAUCGGCUCGGCUAUGCGCACUCUCGUAGGUAUUACAGUGGACCGCACCCCGGCCGCGUGCACCUGCCUGCACGCCAACGUGGACCGCGAAAAGGUCGUCGCUGCGGGACUCAUCGACUACUCGGAGAACUCGGCGCUCGAGUACUGGGGCGGCUACGACACGCAUUUCAAGGUGAUCCUAUCCCCUUGCAAUAGCGGCAAGCUACUAUCGUACUACUGCUGGUUUCCCCGCGAGGUGAGCGACCUGCAGACGACCAACUGGCUGCAGCAGUCGACGGUCGAGGAGCUUCUUGCACCGUACCCAGACUUGGACCGCAACGUGUUUAAGCACCUCGAGCUGGGCUACGAGGUGCGGCCCUGGCGUAUCUGGAUGCACAAGCCAUACUCGUUCUGGACAAAGGGCGUCGCGACGCUCAUGGGCGAUGCUGCACACCCUAUGAUGCCCGACCAGAGCCAGGGCGCGUGCCAGUCGCUUGAGGAUGCGGCGGGUCUCGGGCUCGCUUUUAGCCGCAAGCACUUCAACGGCAACGUCCACGAGGCGCUCCAGGUAUACGAGGAGAUACGCAAGCCCCGCGCCACAAAGGUCCAGGCCGCCUCGGUGCGCGCACGUGAGAACCUCAACGAGCGCAUCGGCUUCUCGAGCAACACAGACAGCAAGCUGUACAAGGUCAACAAGGAGACGGACAAGCUGACGAUUGAGGAGAUGAACCUGUGA